CCUCGGGGACUGGAAUUUUCUCUAGGCCGUGAAGCCCGUGUCACAGAACAGCUGUCCUGUGCUUUUCUGUUCCAACAGUCACCUCCCAAAAGCUGCACGUCUGUGUCAAAGCAGGAGUCCAGCAAAGGGAGCCAUCGGAAUGGCAGCCAAGGCCGCCUGCCCUCCAGGUCCCACCAGCAUUCUCCCAGCUGGUCCGACGAGUCUCUGUCCGUGACACAGUCCGAAACUGCCUCUGACCAGAGUGACAUCGAAGGUCGGAUCCGAGCCCUCAAGGAUGAGCUGCGGAAAAGGAAGUCUGUGGUAGAGCAGCUGAAGCAGGAGCAGAAAAAGAGGCAGAAGGAGAGGCUGAGAGCCCAGGAGGCCAGCCUGAUCAAACAGCUGGAGUCGUAUGACGAAUUCAUCAAGAAAACUGAAGCUGAGCUUAAUCGCGAUUUGGAAACGUCACCAACCGCCAAGCCUCAGAUUAAAACGCUCUCCACCGCUUCCGAGAAACCCAAGAUCAAGCCCCUUCCACUGCACAGAUCGGAGACAGCAAAGACUUGGAAGCCACUGACAGAGUCAGAACGUUCCAGAGGAUCCCUGGGGUCUGUUUCUGAACAAGUCGAUGUUGCCGGGACAGAUACGGAGAGAUCGUCAUCAGAAAAGUCUCUGUCUGGCUCUGCAAAGAGAAUGGUUGAAUUGGACAGCCGAACAGAAGAGCAUUUUCAGACUUCAUCUCCAAUUCUCAGAUCCUCCAGGAAAACCAGGGCAGACCCUGGGGCUUCUCUUGAAAACCUCCCUGAGGUACUCAAGGACUUAAAUGUGCCCAGUCGAAUUCUGGAUGUGUCUGAUAUCAAGGCCGAAGAAACUUCGAGUCAGAAGUCAGACGUACCAGAUGUGGGUCUCGUGGACUCAGAAGAGAGCGCCACCGGAAGUACCCGUUCGAAGCCGUCCGAGGAGUCUGACGUCUUAGUGAAACUAGACACAAAACAAGGACAUUCGUCGGCAGUUCUUCCCAAGGAAGAUCUUUCCUCAGAGUCUCUGGACAUGCAGAACAACCUGAUUCGGUUGGUCAUUAACCGUCUCCAUCAGAAAGAGCCCCAAGAUGGGAUGGACCCGAGUCCAGGCGUCCCGUCGGAAGGAGACUCCCCCUUCUCAGAGCAUCUUCUUGCUCCGAGAGAGACAUCCUACUCGGAAGACUUUGAAGCGUCCUCUUUCAAGAAAGAAAUCACGGCCGGGUCGUGCGGAGGUGACGUGGCAGCGUCCCCCGUGCUCACGCUGCAGAGGGACACCGCGUCUUGCCGAGAGCGGUCCCCGUCGACCCGGAGCUCCGGGAGCAGUGCCACGAGCUUCGGCAGCGACGAUGAGAUCAGCGAGUGCCUCAGCGGCAAGAGCCUCUCGGCCCCCAGCAGCGUCCACUCCGGGCGGCUGCUGGAGCUCAAGUCCCCAACCGAGCUGAUGAAGAGCGAGGAGCGCAGCGACGUCGGGCCCGGCCCGGAGGUGACCGGACCCCUGGCCCCGGCGAAGGACUCGGCCCCCGAGGAGCUGCUCGGCCUCCGCCUUGGGGACCGGGUACUGAUCGGCAACGUUCAGCCGGGCACACUGCGGUUCAAAGGCGAGACGAGUUUCGCCGAAGGCGUCUGGGCCGGCGUCGAGUUGGACAAGCCUGAGGGGAAUAACAACGGCACCUACGACGGCAUCGUCUACUUCGUGUGCAAGGAGAAGCACGGGAUCUUCGCCCCCCCUCAGAAAAUCUCGCGCCUUCCGGAAAGCCUAGACGACCACGCGGGCGCACCGCAAGAGGAAGACGCUUACUCCGAUGAACAGGAGCGAUACGGCGAUGAGGAAGAGAAAGCCAAACAGGGUCCCCAGCUUGAGCGAGAAAAGGAUGCGAUUGAGGCUCUUUCCGAGAAGUUUCUUCCCGGGACGCAGGAAGCAGACACCUCAGGAGAUAAAAGCUUUAAAGCAGAGUCAGACAAGAAGGGACAGGACAUUCAGUUGGGGUCGGACUCCAGCGUCGACCGGGAACCGUCAGUGACAUCACUGGCUUCCUCAAAGGAAAGCAGAGAUCUCUCAGAUGCCACCGAGAGGAGCUCCGGUGCAGGCGACGAGACGCUGGACAGGACCUUCUCUGAGGAGCUGAGCGAGCGGCUGACGGGACAGGAGCAGGGGUCUGCCGCGGCCGUCUCGGAGAAGCCGCCCACCCCCCUUCUGGACCUGUUGGCAAGAGAAAAGGACCACUUGGAGGCCCAGAUCCGGUCGUCCUCGAAGAAGCAGGUGGAGACCGUCAGCCUGCUGACCGAGAGCUUGCUGGAAGUUUUCGUCAAGGACACAGUCAACCAGCUGCAGCAGAUCCACAGAGCUCGGCAGGAGAAAAUCCAGCUCAGCAACCAGGAGUUGCUCGAGGAUGAGCAGGGAGGAGCCCCGUCUCCGGACCGAACCCCGAGUCUGGACACACGGCCACCUGCCGUCCCAGAGUGCUACUUGCGGUCUGAACUGGAAGAUGAGAAAGAAGAGGUGUCCUCGCCCGAUCUCUAUCCCCGGCCCGAGAGUCCGGUGUUCGGCGCCAGUGGACAGGAAGAGCUUGCUAAGAGACUUGCCGAGCUCGAGGUCAGUCGGGAGUUCCUCAGCGUCUUAGGGGACGACCAGGAUUGGUUCGAGGAGGACUUCGGUCUGAGCUCUUCUCACAAGAUCCAGAAGAACAAGGCGGAAGAAACCAUCGUCCCCCUGAUGGCCGAGGCCAAGAGAGCCGCCCCGCAGGCCUGUGAAGUGCUGCUGGCCGUGCCGCACACUGCCCAGGAGGUCGAGCUCCUCGUCCACGGCGCCGCGGAAGAACUCUGGAAGCGCCGAGAGGCAGGGGACGCUCUGCACACCAUCAGCGUCCCUGCAAAGCUGCUGGGCGGGACCAGCAACAGUCUGGACCUCGAGAGCACGAGUAAGAGGGUCUACAAACAGGCGGUUUUUGAUCUCACACGAGAGAUUUUUGAGGAAAUCUUCGCCGAAGAUCCCAACUUGAACCAACCCGUGUGGAUGAAGCCGUCCAGGGUCAACUCGAGUUAUUUCCGGCGUGUGAAAAAUCCCAACAGCCUAGAUGAGAUCAAGAACUUCAUAGCAACGGAAGUGCUCAAGUUAUUUAGUCUGAAAAAGGAGCCCAAUCACAAAACCGACUGGCAGAAAAUGAUGAAGUUUGGGAGGAAGAAGAGAGACCGAGUCGAUCACAUCCUGGUUCAGGAGCUCCACGAGGAGGAGGCCCAGUGGGUGAACUACGACGAGGACGAGCUAUGCGUGAAGAUGCAGCUGGCCGAGGGCAUCUUCGAGAGCCUCUUGCGGGACACAGUGGACGUGCUGAACCGCAUCAGCGACAGGCAGGGCCGGGCGCUGCUCGUGUGACAGUUUGCCAAUAAACCGCCCCCUGAGUGCUAAUGUGAGUCCCGGGCCUUUCUGCCCCCCGACCCGCACCCCGUCUCCAUCUGAGCCACAGUGCUGCCGGACCUCACCCCUGUUCGGAAGGACUUCCGGGUCGGAGUUCACGGGACAGUGCAGUCUGGCUGCACGCGCAGCCUUUUCCUCUGGAGACUGUCCGCUGGACUGGCUGUGGGGGGCAGGGCGCGCCCCUGGUGUCCAUGGAGUGUGUGGUUCUGCGCCUCAUUCCAGCUCGGGUGAGGGCCACAGGCAGCAGUCCAGCCUCAGCGGAGACGGGGCGGAGCCUCCCCUCACAGGAAGUCAGGAGAGAGGCGGGGACGAUGGCAUCCGAGUGUCCCGGCCCCGUAACCUUCUGGUCUCUCGACAGUAUUAAGCCCUUGCCCUGCUUCUCGGCAGACACGUUCACUCAUCUCUGCCCGCGUCACUCGCUGGGGGGCGGCGGGAGUCGCCUCCUGUCUCUUUGAGGACCAUCUUCUCCCUUACGCAGUUGACCAGCGCCCAGUGGACGAACCGGUUAGCAGACAUCAGUGCUGACCUGUGGCUGCGGAAAGGAAAUCAGGCUUCCGAGCACGGCCGGAAGAAUCGAGACCCAGGCAGGGCGGCUUCUGCGGCCCUCGCCCGGCCUCGCACUUCCCUCAGUCCUUCUGAACCUCUACCAGUACUUCUGAGCACACCGAAAGCCAGAGCCUCAGGACCACCUCAGGCCACCCCGCGCGGACGGCGGAAGCGGCCAGAAGUCACAUCGGCCGUCACUGAGUCCAACCCGGCCGCUUCUCCCACCCGGCCAGACGCUGCGACUAGCGCGCAGGACGGGAGCGUGUGCGCCCGAGACAAACGCACCGCCCGUUGUGCCCGUCGUGUGCUGCACAACUCUCUUAAUUUAUUGCUAGGUAAAUUAUUGCGAGGUCGACAGUGUGUGUCCGCCCGGAAGUGAGCGUCUUCUUGUCACAGUUCAGCCUUCUGUCUUGCCGCCUCUGGGGCUCGCGCUUUUUGCACAGGAAACCGAGGUUCUCACGCGCCCCUCGAGGGUCAGUGGAAGAAGAGGCGUUUUCCCUCCAGACCACCCACAGCAGCGGGCCUGGGAGGAAGCGAACGAAGGCCCCUCCGAGCUCGGUUCUGCCUCUGGUACCGUUGCUUCCCUGAACGGAACCGCAUCAGACUCCAGCACGCGUGCACGCGCGGGGCCUCCUCUGCCCGCGCCCCCGGCCCUGCUCUCGACUGGCCCUCCUAGCCAGCCCUCUGCUUCUCCAGUGGUCCAGAAGAACGUGGCUAACCCAAGGCGCGAAUGUAAAUGCCUUAAUUCCGAAGGUCGGUCACAAGCUUGAUCUCAGACACCCCCCUGGACUCACGGCUACCCGCGCCCCUGGGUGUGGCAUUCCCAUCCCCGUGAGGACAGCCCCAGCACCGGCCGAGGCGCGGAGCAUGCGCACGCCUUCCCCGCCGCCCCUCUCUCCUCCACCGCCCCCCCCACUUCACUAUGCACAUAUCCGCACCCUCUUGAGUUUCAUCUUGUCAUAGGAGACCCUCCCCAACCGUCGUCAUUGCAAUCUUGCAUUUUGCACAGUGACUGGUGUGAUAGCUCUUGAUACUAAGGAAAGCACUGAACCGCACGCGAGGUCCCGGGAAGGCGCCGGGCCGGGCGGCCGGCCAGCGUGGCUGCUUCCCGGCUUUUUCCUCAUGCGCGCGAGGCGCGUAGCCAUAACAGGCAGGUGGACUCGGGACAAGCCCGGGUUUGCCUGGUGGUUAGGCAGCAGGACAGAGGCUGCCUGGAGCCUGGCUUUUUUCCGGGCCGGGGGGAACAGCACCUUCUCAGCGGCCUGUCGUCGGGAGGACAGAAAGACGAGUGGGAGUGCGUUGUCCCGACUGUCACCGCUGCUGUCAAUAUUUUAUAUAAACAGAGAGGAAGAUAAUAUAAUCAUAGGGAUCGAGCUGUUCUUUUCUCCAGGCUUAUUGUUGGCACUAAACCCAUUGGAAAAGGGAAAGUUUAUCUUGACUCUGGACAACGUUUGGGUUCUAGAAAUAGAGGAGGGAUAAAAGUCCUGUGAGUCUGUGAGCGCGGCGGUCUGGACGUCAGAUUCUCCAGAAAGCACUAUGGAAAGCCCGGCCGUCCUUCCCCGGCCUCCAGACCCCACCCGCCUGAGUCCCAAGACUCAUGGGCUCAGGAGAAGCGUCAGACUUAUGUCAGCCUUGCUUCCUGCUAGAAGAGACCACCCACAGCCUGGAGUCUGCACCUGUCUUAGCAUUUUCAUUGGGAAAUGGGUGUCUUGGGAUCAGGAGGGACAUGAUGGUCACUCGGCCACUGUGUCUUACUGGGCUCCUUUGAACCAAGCUCCGCCUCUCACCAGAAUCUAACUUGUCCCCUCGCACUCAUCUCCCUUCUUCCUCCCCAUCCCCCAUCCUCUUUCACUCUUUCAUCAUCAUUUUUCCGCUGAGAAAAAGAUCUUUGUGUCAGCAGUAAUAGCUCUCCGAGAAGCACUUAGCAGAGGUUAGGAGAAAAACUGACCGAAGUGACUUCGGAUUCACCUCUGCGUCCAAAAUGAUGUCUGCUGUCCAGGGUGCUUAACUCUGGGUGACUUCAAGUACAGGGUACACAGUCCCUCUUCAGGUCGAACAAGGAAUUUUCCGCCGAGGGGAAAGUGGGAAGCGUUCCAAAGGAGUUCACGUAGCAGUGAUCUUUUUUUUUUCUUCU